AUGAUUCAACAUAUUUCAAUUCACUUUUCUAUUGCUCUUCUGUUGAUAUAACUUAUGAUUACUGCUAAAUGUAAAUCAGAAUGUCCUUUCACCAAAUUCAAGGAUGCAAUUUUAUCCAUAGAAACUUCAAGCUAAACAUACACAUAAUCCAUUAAUAAUAACGAUAACCUAAAUACUUUUGGAUUUGCAUUUUGGAGCAUCAGUAUUCCAUUAAUAGAUAAGCUUUAAAAUGUUGAUAGAGAUGCGCCGUUUAAUAAUGAUGUCUCAGAAGAUGGAGAAUUAUUGUUUUUAAUCAAAGAUUUGAAUUCAAAUACUAAUUUUUGUUAUGGAUUCAAAUCCUAUGAUUAUUAAAACAGACAAGUUAAACACACAAUUAAAUUUAUGAAUCAAGAUUCUAGUCAGAUUUUUGUAUUCCCAUUUUAAUCCUUAGAAUAUGAGGGAAUAUGGAUUUUCCAUUUAAUUUUAUUGCAGCCUACUCUACAUACCAUUAAAGUUUAAAUAAGCAGUUAAGAUAAAUAAUCAACUAACUUUAAUUUAUAAAAUCAAUUAAAUUUGUAAAUAAGUUUAGGAGGAAGAGGAUAUGUAAAUAACACUAUAAUAUAUUUAGAUAGAUGAUUUAAACCUUAACUCAAAUAAAGGAUUAAUGUCUAAAUUAAUUUAUUUACCUGCUUUUGCUUAUUCAACAAAUAUAUAUUCAGAAAUGGAAUAAAAUUGCAAAAUUCCACCUAAAAUUAUUAAUGAAUAAAUCUUAGACAUUGUACCUGGCAUAAGAAUAUUUCAAGGUAAUCAAGUAUUAUAACUUCUUGUGGAUCAUUAUGGAAAUAGAUACUGUUUAUCUGGGUGGGUCAAAAUUUUAUUAUCAACUAUUGAUGAGCAAAGAUCUACAAUAAUUAAGAUGACAGGUUAAUAAAACUUUGAAUAAGAGAUUGUGCUUGGUGAUGAAUUAUUUAGAUUAGAAGUUAUUAUAUCAAAAAAUCAACCUGAAUAAACAUAAUUAAUUGUAAAUGCUGAUGCUUAUGGUAUGCCUAUCAAAUAAAGUUUUUAAUAAUAAUAUGAUUUAUUAUUUUAGGGAUCUGUAGAUCCUAAUUAUAGUGUUCUUCAAGUGAAAAGAAUAUAUCAAGACAUAAACAGUUAACUUUACUUUGAAGGGUUGUAAUAAUGGCAUUUUAUUUAAUAUGAAUAUGGAAGAAACAAGUUCGAUGAAAGAAUGUUGUUAAAGAUUUAAUUUUCAAAUGGUUUAGGCCUAUUAUAAGAAAAUUUAGGGAAUGAUAUUUUUAGUGGUUCAUUUACAAAUUCAAAAUUUAAUUUAUUUAUAGGUUCUGAUACUAUAAAUAAUUUGAAUAAUAAUUUUCUUUAAGCUUAAAUAUAUGAUUUGAAAAUGCAGUUUAAUUAUAACGAAGAUAAAGAAUUUAAUUAAAGUAUCUAUAUAUAUAAAAUAAGAUUGCCAUCCCACAUGUUUAAGUUGUAAUGGGCCAUUAGAUAUUAAUUGUUUAAGUUGUGAUUCUGAUUUAAAUAGAUUUUAUUAAGUGGAAUUAAGGAUGUGUAAAUGCAAUGCUGGCUAUUAUGAUAAGGGAUAUUAGAAAUGCGAAAAUGAAUUUUAUUCUUCAAUAAAAUUAGAAGAACUUGAAAUAGAUUCAAAAGUGAAUUGUCCUUUUGGAUAUUUUAGAUUGCCUAAAGAAGAUGGGAAUGGUUUUGAUUGUUUAGAAUGGUAUUAUUAUAUUAUAAUAAUAAUUAGUCCAUAAGUUAUAAACUUUAAAGCAGUAUUAUGUGUUGAUUGUUAUUUUUAUGCUAAAACUUGGUACUUAAGACCAGUAUGCAAGAUGGAUUAUUAUACAAUAAAAUAAGUUUUUAAUGAUUAUGAAGCUUAUCAUUUAAUAACAAGAAGUGAAAUCUAACGUGAUGUUUAUUCUAUAGAAUCAGAUAGAUUAUUACAUAUAAAUCCAGGAUUCGCAGAUUAUUGUAAAGAAGAGAAGGAAUGUUAUGAAUUUUUAAACUUUCAUCUUGGAUAACAGAUUAAAGCAUAUUGUAAACCAAAUCAUUAUUUUUCUGAAGAUAUCUAGAGAUGCAUUAAUCCAGGUAUGAAUUGUUUAAAGGUAAACAUAUUAAAGAGUUGUGAAAUAUGUCCUAUAGGAACUUACAAUAAUUAUUAUACUGGAUGUAACAAUUGUCCUUCAAAUUGUUAUGCUUGCUCAUACAUUCUAUACUAAAAAGUUAUAUGUGAACAAUGUGUUUAAUAUUAUACCUUAUAAAAUGAAGUAUGUAAAUAAUGUGGGCUUCGUUGUGAUGUUUGUAAAGAUUAUUAUGAUACUAAUUUGGGAUUAAAUUAUCUAAGAUGCUUAAAAUGUAUAGAUGAUUCAUAAUACUUAAUUUCUUUUGAUGGUAUCAAUUGUGUUUUUAAUAAUAUCCAACAUUGUAAACAUGCAUUUCAAAUUAUUAAUGAUGAUUACACUAUAAAUACUCUUGAUAUCAAUUUUACACCCUAAUAUGAUUAAAGUAAAAUCAAAUUAUUUUGUGCUAAAUGUGAACCAAAUUAUGUUUUUGUUUUUGAAACCUAAUAAUGCGUUUAUAAUGAUUAAAACAGUAUAUGUGAUACUGCUAUUGGUUAACUUAAAUCUAAUGAUUAAUCUCUAGAAUCAAUAACAUGUUUAAAAUCAUUCUAUUAUGAAAACUAGGUUGUUGAAUUUAUGGAAAAAUGUAGUCUAAUUAUUAAUAAUUGUUAAGUUUGUCUAGAAACUAAUAUUCUUAAUUAUUUUAUUUGUUUAGAAUGUUAUAAUGGAUUUUAUGCAGAAUAAAUAUCUGGUUAAUGUGUUUAAUGUCCUAUUCAAUUAAAUUGUUAUUCAUGUUAUUCAUAAAAUUCUAUUUCAAAAGAUCAUUGGAAACAAUAAAUCAGAGCAUUUUAUAGAAAAUAUAUUGAAAUAAAAAAUACUCAUUAAUAUAUUUUAAAUGCUUAAAGUCCAAAUAUUUUAGAUUAUGAAGUAGUUUGUUAGGAAUGUAAAGAUGGAUAUAGAUUAUAUAAGAAUAAAUGCAUAAAAUACUGUUCAGAUUCUUGUAUAGAAUGUUUAUUAAAAGAUGAUCAAUAUUAUUGUGUUAAAUGCUAAAAUGAUUCAUAAGGAAGAUAGUAAUCCACUUAUAAUAAUGAAUGUAUAUAAUGUCCAGAAGAUUGUGCAUUAUGUAGACCUAGAACUCCAGAUGAAAUUAAAGAAAUUAAUCCUUUAUUUAAUAAUACUAAAUACGAAAAGUAUACACAUUAAUGCAUUCUGAGUUAUUAAGAUUAAAAUUAUAAUUAUGAUGUAGAUUUAGGUGUCUUUAUAGAAUGCAAAUAACAUUAAUCAAAUGGAUGUUAUAAAUAAUUAGUCAUCUAAUUAAAAGCUUAUGGAGAUUCUUAAGAAUAUGAUUAAGAUUACGCUAAAUUAAUUGAUGAAUAAAGCUAAUUAUAAUUUAAAAGACAAAAUAUUAAAAUGGAUUCAAUAUUUUAUUAUUAAAUAAACUCUAUUUUCCAAGAAGUAUUAUUUAUUUUUAUUUUAUAUAGUAUGAAAAUGAUGAAUUUUACUUUUUAGCCAAUGCUAAUCAUAUUAAAUCUAUUUUGAUCUAAAUAACUAAUACUUAACCUACUAAUUAUGUAGGAGUAUAUUUAUAAAAAGGAGGGAUUACUUAAAACUUUUCUUAAAAUAUUUUCUCAUUAAUGUAUUAUUCUUUAUUAUUUUAAGUAAUGUAGAAAUUGAAUUAAAUUUCCUUGAAAAUACAUAAUUGGCUUUAGAAAGAGAUAUGCUAAUUUCAUUUAUCAAUUUCAAUAAAGUCACUCUUUAAAAUUUGAAAAUACUUGGAUGUAAGUAUUGUGAGGAUGAAAAUUUCAUAUUUAAAAGCAUUUAUCCUUAAAGUAUUAUAUUAAAAGAGAUUUCUGUUGUACAUUAUAAAGAAUUUAUUUAAGAGGGUGGUUUUAAUUUUACAUUUGAAAAUGCCAAAACAUUGUUUGUAGAUGGUUUAACACUUAUAGGAUUCUAAUAUGAAUAAUUAGGAUAGAUAUUUUAUGUUUAAAACACUUCCUUUUAAAAAUAAAUAAAAAUAAAUAAUAUUCAAUUUAUUAAUUGUGAAUUUAACAAUCACAUCUUUUUUCAUUUUCAACUAGGAUAUGAUGAUACUUUGAUUUUCGAUCAUAUUUAAAUUAAUGGAAAUUAUAAUUCUGUCAAUCUUAUUGAAAUUGAAUCUGAAGAUUAAAAAGGUGGUCAAAUUGAAAUAAAAAAUGUAAUCAUAGAAGAAGCAACUAUUAUUGAUUCUAAAGUUUUUUUAAAUUUUGAAAAGGUUAGAUCACUAUCAAUUUCUAAUUUUAAAGUAAAUAAUGCAUAUAUUAAAUCAACAAAUCUAAUAAUUCUUAAUCGUAAUGCCUUCUUAGAAAAUUUAGAAUUUUUAGAUAGUUAAAUUAUGGAUAAUUCAUAUUUAAUUUAAAAUACUGACUUAAAAAAUAAUCAAUUAGAUAUUAAUUAUAAAAUUAAUGAAAUAAAAUUUGAAAAUAAUUAAUACAAUAGUUUAAUAAAGUUCAUAAAUUUAAAGAAAUACUCUAGUCUUAAUUAAUUAAUAGAAAUUAAGUAAUUAAACUAAAUUAACAAUAUUUUAAUUGUAACAAACAUAGAAUAUAACUUAAAAUAAGAAGAUUCUUCUUUAAUAUUUAUUUAAUUUAAUAAAGUAUAUAUUACAGAUUUCUUAAUUAAUCGUGGUUUAGGUAUUAAUGAUAUAUCUAUAACAGAAUCAGAAUUUAUCUAAUUUUAAAAUGGUAUAUUACUUUAAGAUAAACAGCAAUUUUUAGGGUUGCAUAAGCAUAUUGCUUGUUAAUUAUUAUAUGUUGAAGGACAGUAGUAUUCAACAUCUUUAAAUAUCUUAUUUUCUAUUUCGAUUGUAAUAUAAAAUGUCACCUUUUCAAAAGUAGAAUCUUAUAAUUUUCCAUUUAUUUUUAUAAAUUCUGCUGAUUUGAUGAAAGAAAUUCAAGAUACAAAUAUAAUUUUAAAAGAUUUAGUUUUUUCAUAAAAUUUAGUUUUAUUAUCAAAAUCAUUAUUUUAAACAUCAAUUGUUACAAUAUAAUCAUCUUAAUAAACAGUUAUAUAGAUAUAGAAUGUUACUUUUAAGAAUAACAUAUUACAUGUUUAUAUUGAAGAUGGACUAAUAAUUGCAUCAGGAUUACUUUUAAUUAAUUGUCCUUCUUGUAUAAUAUAAAUUUAGUAUUCUACCUUUUAAAAUAAUUUAGUGACUAAUAGUAGUUCAAGUAUAAUGUAUAUGAACAGUCAAAAGUUAGAAAUUAACAAUUGUAUAUUUGAGAAUAAUAGUAUCUUUAUUUAUAAUGUAAUUCAACCUUAUUUAAUAUGGGCAUUUUCUCAAACUAUAACAUAAAAAACAAUAAAUUCAUUUUUUUAAGUUAAAUCAGAAUCUGGUAUAAUGUAAAUUAUAGUUUAACAAUUAAACAUAUAUAAUAAUAGUUUUUAAAAUUCUGCUGGAUAAUUGGGAGGAUGUUUUUCAAUUCAUACCCUUAGAUCCUCAACAAUAAAUAUUAAAAAUAAUAUUUUUUCUCAGAUUUCAACAUAAUUUGAUUAUGAAAUAGAAUAAGGUGGAGUUCUUUAUAUAGAUGGUUCAUCAUCAUCUUUACUUGAAAUUGAGAUUUCUAAUAUAACAGUUUAAAAUGUUUAUUGUAGAUAAUAUGGAGGUUUCUUAUAUUUGAAAUCUAAUACAUCUCAAGCUCAUCUUACUUUAAAUAAUAUAAUUUUACAUGAUAUUUAUGCAUAAUAAGGAUCUGUUAUUUAUGUUUCCUAUUCAAGAUUAGUAAAAGAAAAAUAAACGAUUUUUCUAUAAGGAUUAGAAAUUGUCAAUUCUCAAAGUGGAUAUCUAUAAUUCUUUAAUAGAUUUAAAGAACUUUCUAAUUCAUAAGAAAUUAACAGUUUAAUUAAUAAUAGAACUUCUAUUUUUGUAGAGUAUGGUUCUAAAGUUUUGAUUUAAAAUAUUUCAGUUAAUCAUUUAAUUUUUGAAUCUUUGCUUAAUCUGUAAAAUAUAAAUUUCAUUUAUAUUUCAGAUAUCAAAAUAGAAGAAUGUGAAUUGAGUAAUAAUCUAAUUUAUAUGACUCCAAUUACAUGUAAUUAUUAUCAUUUAAUUAUUAUUUAGUUUUUAAUUUGAUUCGAACCCAAUUUCGAUAGAUAAGAAUUGGAUUUGAUAUUUAAGAUUUUACUUGUAAUUCUUAACCUUAAUCAAAUGAAAUUAUUAAUUAUUAAUGUUUAAAUGGAUUUGGAGGUGCUCCAAUUUCUUUAGUAAAUGAUUUAAUUGAAAAGGAUACUCAAAGAGGAGAAUGUAUAUCUAAAUCUUUAAAAUCUAAAUUAGACUUAUCAAAUUCAGGUUUAAUAAUAAUUAAUAAUUUAAAUUAAGGAGUCAAUUUAAAAAUAAGCUAAUUAGAUCUGAAUAACAUAUCAUGUACUAAUUGUAGUAAUGGAUUACUCUAUAUGAAAUUUAUAGGUUUCAAAUAGUUUUUAUAAACUUAAUUAAUUAUAUAUCCUAAGGUAACAAUUUCUGAUUGUGGUCAAAAUGGAUGUUUAGUUUUUGAAAAAUAAUAUGAUUAAAAUAGAAGAAUUCUUACGGAAGAAUAGAAUAUUUUUAAAGGAUAUGAAUUACAAAUAUCUGAUUAUAUUUGUGAAAAUAAUUAAGGAAAAACAGGAACUUGUUUGAUGCUAGAUUCAAUUUUUACUUUAAUAUUAAAUAGUGUUCUUAAAAAUAAUACUGCAAGUACAAAAGGAGGAGCAAUUCAUGUAAAAGGAUAAGAGUAAUUAAUUCUUGAAAAUUCUCUUAUAUAAAACAAUAAAGCAGAGGUAGGUGGAGGAUUGUAUCUUGAGAAUGCAUUUGCCCUUAAUUAUGAAUUAUUAAAAACUAGAAUUAUUUUUAACACUGCUAAUUUUUAUGGAGAUAAUAUAGCUUCAAUUCCUGAAAAGCUUGCAAUUCGAAUUACUUAAAAUGAAUUAUUAUAAAAGAAAAUAAUUGUUGAUAAUUCAAGUAUAAAGAUUGAAGAAAUUGUUAUUCAACCUUAUACAUUAAUAAAUGGAAAGAGUUCUAAAUUUGUUUAAUUACCUACUGGAUAGAAAAUAUCAACUUAUUAAUUUUUUAAUUGGAAAAACAACAAUUAUAUUAAUUAUGAUUUAAUAUUUAGAAUUCAUGCUAUGAAUAGAAGAAAUAAUUAGAUUUAAGAUCUUAGUAAUUCUUAUUGUACUAUAAAUAGUAGAAGAUAUAAUAUUUCUGAGAAUGAUGAGAGUUAAGAAUUUUAAAAUAAUUAUACUAAUAAUAAUUCUAUUUAAUUUAAUUCUUAAUCAUAAGAUUACAAUCUUGAUAAUUUAAUUGUAUAUUUUGAUAAUGAAGUUCCAGAAGAUAUUGUAUUAUAAUUAGAGUUUAAUUGUGAUUAAGUAAAAGUUCCAAUUUAUAAUAAUACAUAUCCAUAUUAGACUUACAGUUAUCAUAGUAAUUAUAAAUUGAGAAUCAAUAUUAAAACAUUAGAAUGUUAAUUUGGAGAAAUUAAGAAUAUAACUGAUUAAUCUUGUGAAAAGUGUAAUUCAAUUUAAGGACUCUUUUCUUUAACUUUAAAUGCAUAAAAAUGUGAUAUAUAAGAUGAUUUAUCAACAAUAUCAGUAACAUAAAAUUAAUUAGAAUUAAGGUCUGGAUAUUGGAGACCUUAUUUUGAUACAAUAUAAAUUAGUUAUUGUCUUAAUUUACCUAGUAAUUGUUUAGGAGGUUGGUAAAAUGGUGAUAUUUCUUGUUAUAUAGGACAUAUAGGAGCUCUUUGUGAAUAAUGUGAUUUAUAUAAUAUUAGAGGUGGCGGAUAAUUUAGUAUUGUAAAUAGAUAUUCUUGUGGAACAUGUUAAGAUAAAUAUUAAAAUAUUGCAAUCAUUAUUGGAAUCAUUAUUCUUACUUUAAUACUUCUACAAAUCUCUGUUAAAGGAACUUUAAAAUCAAUUGAAGAAUAUACUAAAUUUUAACCAUUUAAAAUAUCUCAAUAUUCACUUAUCAAUAAACCUUAAUCAAGUAUUCUAAUUAAAAUGUUAACUAAUUACUUUUAAAUUGUGGCCACUAUUACUACCUUUUAAUUAUAAUUUCCCUCAGGAUUUAAUGUUACUUUAGAUGCUGUAGGAAAUCCUAUUUAAACAGCAACUUAUUCUCUUGAUUGUUUUUUAGUUGAUAUAUCUAAUACUUAAAUAUAAUAUAGUAGAAUGAUAUGGCAAAUUAUUUUAUCAAUUCUCUAUGUAAAUAUAUUCAUGGCAUUAUUUUUUAUUGCUCAUAAAUUAAAUCUAACAGAAAUUUCAAUUAAUAGAAGUGUUAUUUCAACAACUUUAAUAUAUUUCUACAUUUAUUUCUAACCUAAUUUAAUUAAUGGUUUUGUAUAAUAAGUAUCAUAUAGAAGUAUAUCUGGCUUUUAAUGGAUUAAAGCAAAUGUAGCUGAAAGAUAUGAUACAAAUGCUCAUUUAAAAUGGAUGCUAUAAUUUUGUCUACCUGUUUUAAUUAUUUUAUCUAUUGCUGUUCCAUUCUUCUUUUUAUAUGGUCUAUUUACAAAUAAAACAACACUCGAUUCAAAAUAAACAAGACUUCGUUGGGCGUAUUUAUAUAUAGAAUAUAAAAAAAAUGCAUAUUUCUGGGAAUUAGUUAAAAUCUUUGAAAAAGAACUUAUUAUCUUAUCUCUUAUAUAUUAUGAAGACAAUAUUGUUAUUAAAGGAGUUCUUGUACUUCUUAUUACUUAUUUUUAUUAAGAAUUAAAUCAAAAUUAUGAACCAUAUCAAUUGAAUAGUUUGAAUCAAUUAGAUUAUUAUUCAGCUAAUAUUUGUAUGAUAACUAUUUGUUUAGCUGUUGGAGCCUAUAUAUCCUAAUAAGCUGAUUUAAAAGAACUCAAAAUAUCAUUUUUUGUUAUUAUGGCAUUCUUAAACUUUUUAUUUCUUUAGUCCAUUUUAUCUAAAAUUAUAUCUGAAUACUCUAAAUAAUAUGAAAGUAUUUUAGAUUCUAUAAGAGACUUUAUUAAAUCAAAAUACCCUUCAUAUAAAAAUUCUACAUAGCUUAGGAGGAUUUUGUAAAAUAGAACUGAAAGAAGACAAAAAGCAAUUUAAUCAUUUUAAAAACUUAAACGAUUGGCCUUUCCAUUAGUAAGAUUGAUGAUUUAAACCAGAAACCAAUCUUUUGCAAAAAGUAGUAAAGAAAAAUCAAAUAAUGUAAUUGAAAUUCAUACAAAAUAAGAUACUUUAGAAUUUGAAAAGUCUUCUUAAAAAAGAUUGCUCAUUAUAAAAAAUAAUAAAUGA